GACGAGGAGGAGGAGGAGGAGGAAGAGGAAGAGGGGGCCGGGGCUGCUGGGAAAAAUAAGCAGUGAGGGAGAGGAAAGGGGCAGAAAGAGAAGCGGCGCGGACUGUGACCCUGCUGCAGGGGGAAGAAUGGGAGCUGCGUAUGGAAAGAAGAAGGCGUACAGCAUCGACCACGAGCCUCCGCCGAAACAGCAGCGUGCGAAAAAUGGAAAGCACCCAAACGGCAGAGCGUCAGCGUACGCCGACUUGCAGCAGCACCGGUCCGAAGGCGUCCACAGAAAACCGUCCCCGGUAUCCGGCUACGUCCCCCAGCCCGACUAUCUAGAGGGAGACGAGGACGAGGACCUCAUCAAACCCAAGAAGCUGGUGAAUCCCGUCAAAGCUUCCAAGAGUCACCAGGAGCUUCACCGAGAGCUGAUGAGCAGCUGCAAAAGAAGCAGCGGCGUGAUUGUGGAGACGAAGCCGGAGCUGCAGAGAGUUCUGGAGUCGAGGAAAAGAGAUCAGCUGAUCAAACAGAGGAAACAGGAAGAGGACGCUCGGAGGAAGAUUUCUCCUCUGGAGGCCGAGCUUCUGAAGAGACACCAGAAACUGGACGAGUUGGACAAACAGCAGGAGAAGGAGCAGGAGGAAAACUCGAAAGCUCCAGAGUUUGUCAAAGUGAAAGAAAAUCUGAGACGGACGUCGUUUCAUAAAGAAGAGAAGGAAGUGUAGAGACAACUGCUGUCCAGGGGGACAAAGCACAACAAAGAAGGAGACUGUCCUUGACAAUUUGAGGACACAUGAAGGACACUCUUUGAGUACUCAAUUAAAACACAGGACAAUCUGAGGACAGAAAGAAACAGAGAACAAAUCAAGGAUGCAUAACGGACGAACAUACAGAAUACACUGAGGAGACAAACCUACUGAGGACACGUGGAGGACAAUCGAGACGCUUGCACUCCGGAGACUCACUUGUCCAGAUGCUGGAUGGAGCAGCCGUGAUGUCCCUCAGGAGACUCGACACGGACGAGCAGCUUCGUCAGGAGACAGAUUAGCUGUCUCGCUGCUCUCUGUUGGAUGGCUGUUGCCGUGGAAAUAUGUUGCGUGCCUCUGCUCGGGAGGACGGACUAGGAGACGACAUGUCGGCGGUCGCUGUCUCCUGAUGUGUCCCCAAAAGGUGUUUUCAGUCGCAUAAAUAUGAGGAAAGAAACGGCUUCUUUUUUUAUUAACAAUGUUUAUAUGCAGAAGUCAUAAUUAUAAUAUAGAGAAGUCAUAAUUAGAAUAUACAGAAGUGAUAAUUAAAAUAUACAGAAGUCAUAAUUGUUCAUAAUUAUAAGACUUAUCAGAUGUUACAUCUGAUUCCAAGAAAUAUUUAAUCUUUCCGAGAUUAUAAAUGCAAAUUGGAUUGGAUUAUAAUGUUUAAAAGUAUAGAAACUUCUCAGGACUCAUCUAGAACUAAGACAUUAAAGUUAAUAAAUAAUUCCAAGAUAUAAUAAUAAUAAUAAAUACAAAUUUCUGUGUAUGAAAUAAGAGGCAGUUAUUUAGUCUGACGUUCUGGAAGUAGAUUUUCAUAAAUAUCGUAUAUUUAUGCUUAAUUACCAUUUAAGAUGCUAACUCAUAAAGUUUGAACAGCGUCAUCAUUAAAUAUCACAAACACAGAAAAACAGCUGAAUAAUUAGUUUUAAAAAAAAACAACACAAUCUUAUAUUUCCAAUUUAUCGUAUUAUAAUGAGAAUGUCUCCCAAAAAAGUGCUGCUUUGGUUUUAGUCGUGAGAUGUGAGUUUGGAAGAAUCGAAGCCAACGUCUUCUGGCACAAACUGUGCCUAACGAGAGAGUUAGGGAUCCACACGUCGUCCUUUGUAUUCGCUGUGAGGAGGAACAGCUCAGCGAGAAUAUUAACAAUCUGUCCUUUCAAAAUACUUGUUUCUUGUAAUUAAAACUCUAAGUCCUGCUUUAUGGAAGUUGUAACAACGUGACGAUAUUUGCCACAUUUUUACAAGACAUCGAACCUGUUCCUUGUUUCAUUACCUUUUAAUUUGGUAGAAUGACUUCAAGAUGUUUUAUUUCCAAUUGUGAUAUGACCGCGGGGACGAGAGAAGGAUCUUGCGAUGACAUGUCCAUGAAAUAAUCCCGGGUUCACAUGAGGACUUUGGCUGCACUGUUUAUAUUUUGUUUGUAACAUUUAUUCAAAGAAGACGUGACCCCCUCUCACUGAUCACAGUGAAGUGUAAAAGAAGCCUUACAUUUGUACGGUUUUUUUUAUUGUUAAUAGUGGAUUGUACAAUCGUUGAAAUCUUUUUUUUUUUUAAUUUCUUGAUUAUAGAGCACUUUAGACUUUUAACCGUACCUAAACCAGACUUAUUUUUUUUCGUAUUUUGGACAUUUAACUGACUGUAAAGCGACGAUUGUUCUGAGUAACUUGUUCAGCUCCACGGCAGAACGAAAGUAGACGCUGCAGCAGAAACAUGUUUGUUGACAUGACAAUAAAGACGAGCAACUCUG